AUGUACCAUGCUGGAGUCAAAUACGGGUUUCUUACGACUUACAAUGAGACAAUCUUCUUGAAGCAGGAUGCACAUCCAUACAAGCCAAAAGAAACCGCCCUGUGGCACUCCAACGUGAUCUCAUGGGAUGCGAAUUCAGUUCGUCAGAACGGUCCAAGUCCUAUGGCCGUGUCUCUCCGCGAAUGCUUCCUUUUUCUCAGUUGGAAUAUCCAGACCGGACACUACCUUUACAACAACAAGACUCCCAGAGCUAAAUGGACUGGUAUUGUGGGUGGCAUAUUCAGAGACGAGGAUCAGAUUUCCCUUGAUGACUCCUCUGAUUGCUCCAGCUCCUCUGGACAAGAGUCUUCAUGGACACAGCCGCCUCGCACGUCGGCUCCAAUCCACCACGCUCCUUCCAAUCAGCCGUCUCGCACGUCGGCUCCAACCUACCUGGCUCCAUCCACCACUGAAACCGCCCAGAGAUCGACUCGGUCCCAAUCACGGGCACGGCAUGAACAGGAUCUGCAGGUCUCACACCGGCAGCAACCACCGGCACAAGAACGAGAAAGACAUCGAACAAGGCACGAACAGGCAACGACCGAGCAAUCCGUGCAUGACCUGACGCGAAGAACAGAUGGCCUGAGCCUUGAACGGGAAAGUCGACGAGGUGCUUCAUCUAUCGAAGCGUAUCGUGACCAUGAAGGACGGUGUUAUAUAGAUUUAGGUGACCGACGCGUCCAAGUCAACCUCAAGCAAGACCGUAGGGGUUGGUAUUAUAAACUUGCGAGUGGAGAGCAUCAAUAUGUGGUUUUGCACCAACCUCGGAGACGAUGA